CUGUCGCUCUCUCUCUCUCUCUCUCUCUCUCUCUCUCUCUCUCUCGUCUGUGUUCACUUUCACAUGUUUGAGUCGGAGGAUAGCAGUCUGUUUCCUGACACGCAGAGACUUCUCUCCAAGACGCAACUCCACCAGCAACACCUAAAGACGCUCGGGAAGUCGGGAUGGACCGAUGUCUUCACGUCCCUCAGAGACGGAGAUGAGACAGGCUCGGAUCUGAAACACACUUAGACCUGGAAUAAAUCAGCCGUACAGUAACACACACCUGAGGAUCUGGACGGACUCCUCGGAGAGGAUGGCACACACAGACGAGGACCUGAUCGGAAUCCCCUUCCCGAACCACAGUAAUGACGUCCUGUGCAGUCUUAAUGAGCAGCGGCGGGACGGGCUGCUUUGUGACGUCAUCCUAGUGGUCCAGGACCAGGAGUACCGCACCCAUCGCUCCGUCCUGGCCGCCUGCAGCCAGUACUUCAAAAAGCUCUUCACGGUGGCCACCGGCUCCAGCCAGGACUCCAACCAACACGCCAUCUACGAGCUGGACUUCGUGGCUCCGGAGUCGCUGACGGCCAUUCUAGAGUUCGCAUACACGUCGACGCUGACGAUAACUGCAUCCAACGUCAAGGAGAUCCUGAGCGCCGCCAGGCUCCUGGAAAUUCCCUGCAUUAUAAACGUGUGUCUGGAAAUCAUGGACACGGGAGGAGGUGGAGGAGACCGACCCCCGGAAGGAGAGGAGUUUGAAGGGGAGGACGAUGAAGACGAGGACGAAGAAGACGAGGAGGAGGAAAUGGAAGAAGAGGUCGACUCCAAAGAUGGAGAAUUUGAGGACAACAAUAGCGAGAAAUCAACUCAAGAGGCUGAAAACCAAAAGGAACUGAAAGUUUUGGAGGACGGGAGGACAGACAGCCCACCAUGCAGCUCCCAACAAGGAGCGCCGACGACAGACCGGGAUGUUCAAGAAACCCAAAGACACCAAUCGGACACUCCGGAAGCCCAGAAACCCAAAGUCCCGGAGGGAUUGGAGGGACGGGCACUGAAAGACUUCUCAAUAGAGUCCUUACUUCAAGAGGGACUCUAUCCGAAAGUGCCAGGCACCAGAUUCUCGCCCCUUCUCCCAGGCUUCUAUCCUCCCAUAUGGGCAGCAGAAUUCCCAGGCUAUCCUCAGAUUCUGGAGCCGCGGCAUCCUUCCCACCCUUUUCCCAAUGCUUCGUUGGAAAACGGCCCUUUGGACCUUGCAGUCAAGAAAGAAAUCAUCAAAGAAGAGCUGAAGGAUGAGCCUUCAAACCCUGUCCUCCACAGAGACUUCCUCAACGACUUCAUGAGUCCAGCGUUGGGAAUAACUUCCGACCCCGCUCUCGGAACGAUCAAAGAGGGAGCGGACCUGAGGUCCUACCUGAGUUUUCUUUCCGCAUCUCAUCUUGGGACACUGUUUCCUCCGUGGCAGCUGGAGGAGGAGAGGAAGAUGAAGCCCAAGGCGUCGCAGCAGUGCCCCAUCUGCAACAAGGUGAUUCAGGGAGCGGGAAAACUGCCACGGCACAUGAGAACACACACCGGAGAGAAGCCCUACAUGUGCACCAUCUGUGAGGUCCGCUUCACCAGGCAAGACAAAUUGAAGAUUCACAUGCGCAAACACACGGGCGAGAGGCCAUACAUCUGCCUGCACUGUAACUCUAAGUUCGUUCACAACUACGACCUGAAGAACCACUUGCGCAUCCACACCGGCGUGCGGCCGUAUCAAUGUGAGCACUGCUACAAGAGCUUCACGCGCUCCGACCACCUUCACAGGCACAUCAAGCGUCAGAGCUGCCGCGUCUCACGCCCACGACGAGGACGAAAACCCUCCACCUGGAGGUCUACCAACUUCCUCUUCUCUCCAGAUCCCAACACCCUCCAGGCAGACAGGACCAUGCGGCUUCCAGGCACCGGUGGCGACCCCUUGCUGCCGAAAGAGCAGCCCACGGGAGGAAAGACGCUGAAGGAUGUCGACGGUGACAGCAGGGAGAUGCACAGAAAGCUCGUCUCAGAGGAUGCGGACAGGAAGCGGGGCGUGUUUGCUUUCACCGUGGCGAGGGAGGACAUUCUGCCACACCCGGCCUUCUAUUCAGCGACCUCUGACCCCUGGGCCGUGAGACUGGAACGAGCUCCGCCCAUUCCCGAGGCCGCAAAGUGACUUUUGUUAAUUCCCUGAAACAGCCGCUCGCCUCGAACGCCACAAAGUCUUUACGAACCGGGUUCAGACUCUGUAAAAUUAAAUGAGAAUGACAUUUUUGUUUGACAUUUUGCUUCCAAAUGGGAUGGCAGGGAUUUUUAAAUGACUAGAUUUGUUAUUAUCUUGGAUGUGCAUUUGUUAAAGCUGUUUUUGAUGCUUCAGCGUUUGCUAAUAUAAGGGUGAUGCGCUCAUAGACUGUGUGUCCAGUGCAAUGGAGUAAGUGAAAAUUGAAUGCAAAAAAUUGACAAUCAGGUGUGCAGAAAGAAACAAGUCCUGCUGAAUAAGCUAGAAGCUUUGAUGUUUGCAUUGUAUUACCUGACAGGUUUUGUAAUUAAACAGUUUUCAGUGAAGCUAAAACCAGCUAAAAUAACUAACUUAAACAUUAUAAUCCACUAUGCAAAACACAGAAGCGGUUAAUUUUUUUACAAUUACCACAAAAACUAAAUUAUUUAGAAAAACUCUCAGGAUUAUAAAUAACUAAAAAAAAAAAAAAAAAAUGUUAUUUUUUUUAAAAGGCCAAAAUCACGUGUUAUGACAAUAUGCCAAACUAAUCUGCAGUCAAUCAUGCAAUUAAACAAAAGAGAAAAAAUGCAAGUAAUUUUUUGUCAUUAUUUAUACUGUGCAUUUCAAAUUGACCCUUGAUAAAAUCGAAUGCUGUUUAAAAUAAUAAUUUGCAUGGACGGCUUUAAGGUUCUGUGGUGAAAUUGUUGAUUAUUGUAAGUGUUUCUAUUGUAACACAUCCAAAGAAGUGUUGUUAAAGAACAAACUUGAUAUCUAAUCUCUUUGCGAAGCAGCUUUUUCACAUAUGAAGUGUCUUGGAAGUGCUUGAUAUGUACAGGAAAAUAAAGCGGGGGAAAACAUCCACAACUUUGAUACUGUUCCUCAUCUGAAUGCCUCCUUUAAACUAAAACAGAUUUUCAUGCUAUUUAUGCAUAUUUAAAUAAGCCUUGGCUAUAUUUUACUAAGAUGUUUUAUAAAGACACUAACACACUUGUGUUCUGGUUUUAUCUGUUUUUCAAGAGAGAACGUGUCAAUGCAGUGUACGAUAUCUGACAUCAAAUCCUCUGAAUUCAAAAGAAUAUGGAAAUAAUAUUAAUAAAAAAAUGCAUUUAAUUAAUAAAAGUGAGAAUGAGAAUUAAAAUCAGCUGGAAAGUUAAGUUUCUGCACUUCACACAAGACAUUUAAAAUGUUUUUAUCUCGGUGUGUAAAAAUGCAAAGAUGUUUCAAUGACCGUGUACAAUGAAGGUGCUUAAAGAUGUGUGUGUGUGUAUAUGUAUGAAGCCCUUCUGUGGCGACUGGUGGGAACUUACUUGCACUAUUUGUUUGAUUAUGUUUUAAUAUUGGUUUACGAUAUAUUGAUUUAGCUUAAAGAUUUAAAAACAGUCACACACACA